AGCUUGCUAACUGCUAAACGCUGUAACCGUCGCUGUGGGAUACUGGUUGGCCAAUUAUUACUCAGAAUGGCGUCUGUCUGGCUCACAUGGUGAAACCACUACGCUAUCUAGCUAACAGUAACGUUAUACUGUAGCAAUGUGCCAACACGAUUUUUAUUCGUUCGCUAUAGAGGUCCUCCAAGCAUAUUUUUGAGAAGCUACGGAGAGGUACUGCUUGGUAUCCAACCUUCGUCUUGCCGAUCGUGGGUUCCCCACCUUACAUCUUACUUGCAAAGGGAAAGCCAUAAGAAACCAUGAAAGUGCAGAAAUCUCUCCCCAAAACCAAGCAGACGUCCAAGAGGCAACAAUGUAAUGACAAGUGGUUCAAGUCCAACAGAAUUGCCAAAAACCCAGACUCUUCAAACCUCAGCCCAAGCACAGCCAUGGCCAAGCUAGAGCACCGUGCAUCUAACCUUAGAAAGGACAAGCCUAACCUGAAGAGACUGAAGAAGGGCGCCAAGGCUGUGUCCUUCAGACCGGUCAAGACUCCGGCUGCCACGGAGAGGACCCCCUCUCGUCCCCUGACCAACGGGGGAGCAGGUGGACCAGAGCAGGGCAGUGACUCAGACGAGUCCCAGGACUGGAGCUCCUUUGCCAAGUCUGUUUUACAUCAAAAUGGUGGUGGAGAGAGUAUGGAGGGCCAGGAGAGUUGUGUCUCAACCAAAGCUGCACCUGGCAGGAUAGAGGAGGAGGCUUUUGUUCACUGUGCAGAGCGAGACUACAUCCAUAAUCGCACAGUGCUGGUCAUGCAACAGGGUCAGACCCUGUGUUUUAGGGGGAAGUGCCUUCUGUCAUGUCUGUACGGUCGGGUGGAGGUGCAUGGUUUCACCCUUGAGGAGGGUCAGCAGUCCUACCCACUUUUUUCCCCUUCCUCACAUUGCCCCCUCACCGUCACAGCACUGGGAGAUUCCCCUAACCCCAGCAAGACCAAGAAAGCGGGCCGUCUAGAGGCCAAAGCCAUUGUCCGCAAGUACCUCUCCACAGAGACACGUAGAAGGUUGUUGAGUGAAGUAGAUUCAGACUCCUGUGUGAUCCUGCUGGAGCCCCUGGACACCCCUCUGACGCGAUUCCUCAACAGUUUCCCAGACCUCAAAGAGGUGUUUGGACUCAGUUCGAGGGACAUCCGAGAGAGUUCAGCUAUGCUGGACACUCCGCUCUCUGGCCUUGGCAUAACCCCACUGCGGAAAACAGCCAGAGGCAUGGUUAUGUCACAGACCUACAGGGAGGCUCUCAACGGCCUGGUUAACGCCUGUGCAGAGGAGCUAGAUGGCUGUCCAGUUAUUCUUGUAUGUGGUGCUAAGAAUGUUGGAAAGUCCACCUUCAACCGUCACCUCAUCAAUACCUUACUUAACCACACUGCAAGUGUAGAAUACCUGGAGUGUGACCUGGGCCAGACAGAGUUCACUCCCUCAGGUUGUCUCUCCCUGUCUACUGUCAGAGAGCCACUGCUGGGUCCCCCCUUUACACACCAGUGGGCCCCAGAGCACAUGAUCUUCUAUGGCCAGUCGUCCUGUGAAACGGACCUGGACCGCUAUCUGGAGUCCCUCAAGUCCCUGUGGCGCUUGUACAACCGAGAGACGCCCAUUGUCAUCAACACCAUGGGCUGGGUCAAAGGUUUUGGCUUUCAGUUGUUGGUGGACAUCAUUCGCCUCUUCUCCAUUUCUCACGUGGUGCAGCUCAGUAGUGGGGAUAAAGUCAUGUGCCCCCAACUCACCCCUGAGUUCCUGAGGUCAUCCCACGGCUGGCAGACACACCCUCCUGUCCAGUCAGCUUUGGGGGAGGACAACUCUGGAACUCAUCCUGCCCAGCGGAGUUACACUCUGUUCCGUAUUCACUCAGAGUUUGAAGGAGCAGGCCGCCCGGGAGAAAUGAGACACCAGCGCAGCAACGAGCAGCGUGACCUGGCUCUGCUGGGCUACUUCAGCCAGCUGCAGUCCCCUGAACCAGGCCCUGUCAGACCCCUACACUGCUUCACCCCCUACCAGGUUCCCCAUUCGGCAGUGGCUGUGGGUGUGACACACUGCGAGGUGGCACCAACUCAUGUGCUCUACACUGCCAAUGCCAGUCUGGUGGGGCUGUGCUGUCUGAAUGAGAAGGUAUCAGGCAGGGGAAGCCCAGUACUGCUCUCCCAAACCCCUGUCUGUCCCUGUGUGGGCUUUGGUGUCCUUCGAGGUGUGGACAUGGCACGGGGCCUGUACUUCCUUGUUACACCUGUAGCUCCCUCCAUCCUCCGUCAGGUCAACUGUCUUCUGCUGGGGGCUGUCACACUGCCCAACACCCUCCUCACAGGCCAGACAGGAAUUCUGGGAGAUCCUCCCUACGUCACAAUGGACUACAGCUUUGAGCUAACCGGUGCCGGCAAGCUUCACGUCUUCAAGGGGCUUGUAAGACCUGGCCAGAUGAAAAACGCAAAGUGAUUGUUUUUGUUUUUAUGGUUUCACAGCAAGAAAUCUUUUUUUUUUUUUUUUCUCGCCUUGUUUAUUGACUUUAAACACCAAGGCCAGAGUUAAGGUCGUUGAAUGUACAGAAGUGAAGGUUCAGGAGAGGGUGUACCGUAGAG